AUGGCAGACCAACACCUUUCAGCAAAUAAUACCAGUGAUAUCGAACGUCCCCCAAUUACAGAGGAUGAAGGUGAAAAUCAUCAUCAGUCUUUCGAUGGUCACCUAAUGCUGAGAGUGCCCGAAGUUUUGCGAGUCAAUAAACGAAACUUAGAUGAUCACUACGCACCUAAGAUUGUUUCCAUUGGCCCUUAUUACCAUGGCUUGCCAGAACUUCGCAAGGCAGAAGAACUCAAGCACGAAGUCCUCGAGCUCUCUGUUUCAAGGAGCAGCAAACAAUUAUUGUACCGGCGGAUCUCUGAAGUUAUCGACCAGAUUAGAAACUGUUACGUUGGGGUUUCCAGAGAUCGUUAUGGUGAUGAAGAACUAGCAGAAAUGAUGCUUCUAGAUGCAUCUUUCGCUCUAUGUCUCAUAGACAGUAAAACGAGAGAUGGUGAAAACGGUGAACUCGUCCAUCGGAAUCUUGGAAUAGCUGCAAUGCCAUUUGUAUUCAAUGAUCUGAUUUUAUUCGAGAAUCAAAUUCCACUUAUGGUUAUUAGUCUCUUGUAUGAAUUAACGCGUGGAGCGGCAUCCAAUUUAAUUUAUGAACUCAGACGUUUCAUUGCUUUCGUGAAUAACUGGCCAAUAGAAAAAAUUCCUGUGGAAGGCGAAAGGCUACCAUUUCACCUUCUGGAUGCUUUUUAUCAAUUAUUUGUCAAAGACGUGGAUGAUGCAGAAGAAGAGCCUUCUAACCGACGUCAACGGCGGACAUGGAGGAGAGAAAAUCCAAAUAAAUUUUGGGACUACAAUCGUCAAUCUCGUUCAGUCACCGACCUCAAAGCAAAGGGCAUCCACUUCAAACCAAGUUCAUAUUGUUUUAAGGAUAUUAAGUUCAAAUCCUACACAUUUUAUGGGCAACUUCAACUACCGGUUUUAUCUUUUGAUGCUAAUUCCAGGCUAAUACUUGUGCAAUCGAUUGCAUAUGAAAUGUCUCUAGGAAGGGACAUUAACUUUAUUGUAUUAUGUUAUGUUAAUUUCAUGAAAUCACUCAUUGUUAAAUCUGAAGAUGUUAAGGAACUACGAGAAAAGAAGAUACUCAUAAGCGACCUCGACAGUGAUGAACAGAUUGUGGAAGCAAUCAAAGGGAUUGAUACUCACAGCUUUGGAACUGACAGUAUUUUUUAUGAGGUGAAGAAUCAAAUUGCGAAGCACUGCAGCAGCGAGGCAAAAACAUGGAUUGCUGAACUAAUUCACACUUAUUUUCGCAGUCCGUGGACUUCUAUUGCCUUAUUCGCUGCCACUUUUCUUCUUUGCUUAACUUUUCUCCAGACCUAUUACACAAUCAAUCCUCGCAAGUAA